CAGGAUGCUGAUGUCACAGUGGCCACUGUGACCCGUGAGGCCAAGGGCACAAAACGGGACUCUGGGCUCAGGCCCAGUGUCAGUGUUACCUGACAACGAGAGGAGAAGGAAGAGGAGGGACAGCCCUUCUUUUGCAAACGCCUCUCGCUUCUUUUGCACAGAGAGUGUAGGAGCACCUGGAGGAGACCUCGGUGUUCCUCAACCAGACAACAGAAAGAGACGGCAGAGAGAGACCGGGCUCACACAGGGCUGACGAGCGAGUCAGGGGGCUCUACGCCUCAGGGCUCUGGCCCUGUGUUGAAAACUCGUCUCACUUCUGCCUCAGUACCAGUGUAGGAGCACCUGGAGGAGACCUUGGUGCUCCAAGGACAGGGACCCACCGCUGACAGUCACCAUGUCAGACGGGAAGGAGGAGGCCCCUGAAGGGAGAGAGCCAGCAUGCCUGCUGUGUCGGAGAUCAGAGGCUGACCCAGACAUCUGUGGAGAUAAAAUCCAGAAACAUGGGGUCUGUGCCCACGUGUUUUGCCUGUUUUUUGCCAGCCUCCUUGAACAGCAAGAGAAUGAACGAGUAGGACUCUUUGGCUUUCUCCCAAGGGAUAUCCUACAUGCAGUCAACCGAGCGGCACAGACGAGCUGCUGCAUCUGUGGCCAGAGCGGGGCCACCAUCUCCUGCUGUGAAACAGAUUGUGACCUGAGCUUCCACCUGCCCUGUGCCAAGCAGGGACGCUGUGUCACCCAGUUCAUUCCACCGUACAGGACCUACUGCCCCGCACACAGCCCAGAGCAGGCAGUGGAGGCGACUCCAGAGCCGGGCACCGAAUGCCUCAUCUGCAUGGAGCCUGUGGAGGACAGAAAGACCUUCAGCACCCUGGUGUGCCCAGCCUGUAAAACCACCUGGUUCCACAGGGACUGCAUCCAAGGACAGGCUCUGCGCUCUGGUAUUUUAUCCUUCCAGUGCCCCAUCUGCAGAAGCACUCAGGAAUUUCUCGUGGAGAUGUUUCUCAUGGGGAUCCGAAUCCCCUUCAGAGAGCCAUCAUGGGAGGAGAAUGAUGCGUUCGCUGAACUGGGAGACAGACACAGGCACUGCGAUGCCAGUGAGUGCCUUUUUCCAAGAGGCAGGCAGGAGGCAGAGGAGGAAGGGCCCUGGGAACUGCUCCUGUGCUCCUCCUGUGCUGCCGAGGGCACCCACAGGCACUGCUCUGGCCUGAGGAACAGUAUAACCAGCUGGGAAUGUGAUGGCUGUGCUGGCCUGGGCACAGCCUCCCGAGAUGAGUCAGGUCUUGCUGGUGUCGGUGUGGCCAGACAGUCAGGACUGGAGCCUUGUGAUGGCUCCAGGGAACCCCAGACCAUCAGCCCCAACACAGGAAGCCUGGUGCUAUCAGGGCUGUCUCCCAGUUCUGCACCACUGGACACCAUCAGCCCCAGCACCAGCGCCCAGGUGCCAGCCCCUGGAUCUUCAGGACCACAGACCAGCAACCGCCGUACCAACCGACAGACAACAUGGGAGCAGUCGCUGCAAUAUCCCUCACAGGAGACGAGCAGCUCCAGUCCUGACAGUCAAGUAACAUCGGGGUCAUCCCAGAGCACCUUCACAGAAAGUGAGGACAGCAGCAGCUCCAGCAGUCGGGGGCCUGACCGCCGACAAAACCACCCCCGCCGGCAACGUCGGGCCCAAAAUCCACACUUUCGGUCCAGAAGUCCCCUGGACAGGACCCAUGAGCCAUCACCAAGUCCUGGGAGGCGCAGGCCCAGGCCGAGACCAUCAGGGACAUCCUGCAGGCGAAACCGCUCCCGCCUGCAACGUGAGACCCCAAAUCCAUCCGGCCGGUCCAGAAGUCGCCACGACAGGAGCCAGGUGAGAGCACCCAGUGAUGGGAGGAGCAGCCGCAGCCGGGAAACAUCAAGGACAUCCCGAACACAAAAUCGCUCCCGCCAACAACAUCAGGCCCCAGAUCCAUCUGGCCGGUCCAGAAGUCGCCGUGUCAGAAACUGUGUGAGAACACCAAGUGCUGGGAGCCGCAUCCCCAGCCAGGAAGCAUCAGGGACAUCCCACAGCCGAAACCGCUCCCACCGGCAACGUCGGCCGCAAAAUCCACACCUUCGGUCCAGAAGUCGCCGUGACAGGAGCCAUGUCCCAGCACCAAGUACUGGGAGGCGCAGGCCCAGCCAGGAAGAAUCGGGGACAUCCCGCAGGCGAAAUAGCUCCCGCCGCCAAAGUCGGACCUCAAAUCCAUCCGGCCGGUCCAGAAGUCCCCUUGACAGGAACUGCACGCCAGCACCGAGUGCUGGCAGGCGAAACUCAAGGGAGACAGCAGUAAGGACUUCCCACAGACAACAGCACUCCCGCCAGCAGCGUCGGACCUCAGACUCAUCCAGCAGAUCCAGAAGUCGCCGUGACGGGAGGCGUGAUAGAGCACCAAGUACUGCCAGGUGCACUCACCGGUGGGACGAUGAGACAGGGACCCACCACUGACACGUCCCACGUCAGACAGGGAGGAGGAGGCCCGGAAGGGAGAGAGCCAGCAUGCCUGCUGUGUCGGAGAUCAGAGGCUGACCCAGACAUCUGUGGGGAGAAAAUGCAGAAACAUGGGAUCUGUGCCCACAAGUUCUACCUGCCACCUUCCUCUGCAUAAUGAUGAUCAAGUAGGAUUCCAGGGCUUUCUCCGAAGAGGUUAUCCAAGAUGUAGUCUCCCGGGUGGCACCGAAGACCACCAUGAGGGGAGGGCUUUAAUGCAUUUGCCCAGCUAGGAGACAGACACAGGCACUGCGAUGCCAGUGAGUGCCUUUUUCCAGGAAGCAGGCAGGAGGCAGAGGAGGAGGGGCCCUGGGAACUGCUCCUGUGCUCCU